GGACGGAGCGUGCUCGAUGAACAGGGAGAGUUCAUCAUGGAGGACAACGUGCGGGGUGACGGUGUGGGCCCGACGAGUCAGACGGUGGAAAGCGACGGACCCGGCGGAUCGAAAGAAGGCGAUCCGCACCGACAGAGUGACGAGGCGAGGAUCGAAUUGGCGUUGACGGAAUUGAGGGAGAGGUCGAGGAUCAUGGCCCAGGCCGUAGACGCUCAGCGACGACAGGUGGGUUGGAUGAACCAGGCAAAGGCGAGUUUGUGACGCUGCGCUGAUCAAUCCGCUCGGAGACGGUAGCCGAUACCAGAACAGCAACAGCAUCAGCAAGUACCGCCGCCGCAGAUUCAAGCCGACCUAAUGCAAAUCGAUGAUCACCUCCCGACACCUCAACAAGAACCGCCAGCCUCACAGGCAUUGUUUCUCGACCCAACACAAAGAAACCGUCCGCUACCACGGUCCACCAUCUUGGUCUCGGCAACGCCUCGUAACGGGAUCGGAUGCAGGGGCAAAGUGCCAUGGCAGACUCGGAGUUUGGGACAGUUCCACCAUCGAGUCAUUACCGGACCAGAGACGAGUGACAGGAGCGAUUUGAAUACGGUCAUGAUGAGCAACGGCGAGUGGAAGAGGUCGACAGCGAGCGAUUGGGGAGAUGUACGCAGCGUCGUCGUCAGUCGUGACCAGGCGGCGCGGAACAUAUCCGACACUUCAACCGUCGUCAACAGCAUUACCUCGGCGCUCGACCGCAUACCAUGGACCCCCGCCAAGAUCUUUGUCGUCGGCGGCGCCUGGCUGUUCGAAGAAGCACUCACACGCGACCUCGUCGACCGAAUCAUCAUCACCAGGAUCCUCGACCCGACUUACGACGACUGCGACGCGUUCUUGCCAGACUUUCAUUCGAUACGGGAACUCGACCCGGCCCUAUGGAGACGAGCGAGUCACGCCGAGCUGUGCGGACAUGUCGGUUUCCAGGUCGAGCCGGGUAUCGUCGAGGAGGACGGGGUGCGUUACGAGCACGAGAUGUGGAUCAAGGUUUGAGCUAUGAGACCCAUAACAAGUGAAAAGAGUAUAGAUGGUACGGGCAAGUCGUGUUUAUGUCAGCGAGAUUACAACGUUCGGUCGCAUGUACAUGGGCAUUUUCGUCUUUAUAAUCCAAUUCAAGCCUGUCUUCGAGUCCUUGUAGUUCGAUCUUGCAUGUCCAUCGUACGGUUAUCGCACUCUAUCACGCCGAUGA